AUGUCAUCUUGGGAUAGGAGAUUACUCAAUGCAUCAAGUGGUAGAUCUAUAGUUGAUAAGACUCUAACAGAAAUCAGAGUUCUUAUCAAGAACAUGGCAGAAGAGUCCAAGCAUACAGUCCAAGAAGAAGAAUGGUACAGUGAUGCACCAAGAGGAGUGAAAGAAAUUUCUACCCCAAAAAUUGAAAGUCAACUUUCUGAGUUGACUAAGGUAGUGAUGAUGCUUGCAAAGGACAAGGGUGUGCAACCACCAACAGUUAGACCUUGUGGUAUUUGUACACAAGUUGGACACUCUACUGAUAUGUGCCCCAUGUUACAAGAAGAUGUAGAGCCAGUUCAAGCUAUGGGAUUUUCAAGUCAACUACAAGGGAACUUCCAGCCAAGAAGCAAUCCAAAUUGGCAUCAACCUAAUGCCAAUUUUCAGCCAAGACCACCACCUUAUCAACCAAGACCUCCAUUUCAAAAUCAAAUGUAUCACCAACAAUGUUAUCAACCACAUUUCCAGCCAACUCAACCCCCUCAUCAAUCUCAAUUCCAACCUCAAAACAUGCAUCAAGGAAGUAGCUUAAGCGGAUCGGGAAUGUCAUUGGAAGACAUUGUUAAGAUUUUAGCCACAAGUACUCAAACAUUUCAAAAUGAGACCAAGGCGAGCAUCAAGACUUUGGAGCAACAAAUGACUCAACUCACCACUUCUGUGAGUAAAUUGGAGUCACAAGGCAAACUACCCACGCAAACCGAGAAGAAUCCAAAACAUAGUGCAUGUGCCAUCACUUUGAGGAAUGGCAAAGAAUAUGAAGGUCCAAAGAUGGUUGAAGAAGAAGAAAAGAUGGAGCUAGAGAAAGAAGAGGAGAAGUCAAAAACACCUUCCAAGCAAGUUCCUAUUGAAGCAAAAGUCACUCCUCCUCCAUUUCCCUCAAGAUUAAGCAACUCAAAGCGUGAAAGAGAAGACAAUGAAAUCAUGGAGAUGUUCAGGAAGGUUGAGGUAAAUAUUCCUCUUAUUGAUGUCAUCAAACAAGUCCCAAGAUAUGCUAAAUUCCUUAAGGAAUUAUGCACAUCUAAGAAAAGACUGAAAGGGAAUGAAACUAUCAAAGUAGGAGAAAAUGUGUCUGCAAUGUUACAAAAAAGACUACCUCAAAAAUGUAAGGAUCCGGGUGUUUUCAUGGUUCCUUGCAAAUUAGGUAAUCUUCAUGUUCCACGGGCUAUGCUAGACCUUGGAGCUUCUAUCAAUGUUUUGCCAUAUUCCAUUUUUAAAACUUUAAAUAUUGGCACAUUGAAGAAGAUUGGGGUAAUCGUUCAAUUGGUUGAUAGAUCUUUAGUACAUCCCAAAGGUGUGCUAGAAGAUGUGUUAGUCCAAGUGAUGAACUAG